AUGGCACUCUACACGUCGCUGUCGCUGUGUGUGCGCCUGCUCAACAUGGCGGGUCUCUGGCCGCCAGCAAGCGCUCGCCACUGGCUGACACCUGCUGGCCUACUGUAUCGCUUGUUCACCGCGGUCAUGGUCGCCCCCUCGUGGCACAUCUUGCUGCCUGAGGCAGCUGGACUGGUGCACUUCGCGGGCGACAUGAAAGCCGCGACGGAGGAUAUGUGCCUGCUGUGUGCAUUCGUAACCACCAGCUACAAACUGCUGGUCAUCCUGCUACGACGGACACAGAUCGUGCGCUUCGUGGAAGCCCUGGACGCUCGUGUCACUGCCAUGGCGGCCGAAUCCGCCGAGGCGCGGGCCGUGGUUAGACGGCGGGACCUCUGGUCGCGCCGGCUGGCCCUCUUCAUGGUGAUACAGUCGACAUCUGCAGCCGUCAUUUGGAGCGUCAAUGGUCUGCGAAUAGGUCUUACGAUGGGGAGCAGCCUUCGUACACUGCCGAUUAUUUCAUGGUACCCUUACAACAUGACUGUGUGGUCCAACUAUGAAGUAACAUUCUUCACCCAGAUGCUAGCAUUAGUCACUGCUGCAUUUUGUAAUAGAGCAUGUGACAUUCUGAUCAUCACUCUCAUGACCCAAAUCAGCUCUUUACUUGAAAUGCUCAACCUCAAGUUCCGGGACGUCUCCAAAAUUGAUCAGUCACCUGCUACCAGCAAUACAAAAAAGGGUGACCGAAACUACACGCGUAGCAGCACUGCUUCUGUGUUGUCUUCAUCGUUUGGUCGAAAUGGUGUACUGGAACCUGCUAGUACAAUGAACUCUAAAAUUCAUUCUGAAGCUGAAAUGUAUAACUCGUUUGUCAGAUGCAUACAACAACAUCAGGAAAUUAUAAGCUUUGCGGAAGAACUCGAGAAGCUGAUGAACGAUGUACUUCUCGUUGAUUUCCUCUGCUGCAUGGUAGUCACAUGUUCGACUCUCUACGUUAGUACAUCGGCACAUGAAAACUUUGGAGACCUGCUGUCGCACUUUGGGUAUCUCGUUGCCAUGACAUAUCCUCUGCUACUGUACUGUCUGUCCGCUCAUGAGAUUAAAGAUCAGAGUCAGCAGGUGAGCAUGUCUGCCUACUGCUCCCCGUGGCACCAAGCGACCAAGGGGUACCGGCGGGCUCUAUGUGUCGUCAUGUGCCGCGCUCAGCGACCGCUGACUUUGACAGCCGGGAAGUUUUACGUCGUUUCACGUGCGACGUUCUUAACUCUAAUGAACGCUUCAUACUCGUACUACAACAUACUACGAGAAAUUAACGACAGCAAACGCAGUGACUAG